GAAGUCAAUCACAUAGCUCAAAUAGCUAGAUUUAUAGAUCUCUGAAUAGAUUCAUAUUUCUUUUCUCUUUCUCUCAUCAAAAAUCGCAACAGUGUCUUCAAUUCCUAACCACAUUCUUCAUUAUAUCAUCAAACUCCCUUUGCGACUUCGAUUGCCACUUGCUCCAAACAAAACAACAUUACAACCACCACAAAUGACAUCCUACUUCUCACGACUAAGUCCAAUUCCAGGAUUUCCGGAAUAUACUGGGCCUCAUAAAGUAGGGACAAUUGAUGUUGAGAUCCCUAUUUCUGAACUCGAUUCUCCAGCCCAAGCACCAAGCAAUGCAGGAAAUAUUCCAACAAUUCAAUAUCGAAUCUUCUACCCAUGCGAAACGGAAACGAAACACAAGGCAAAGAGUGUGAAUUGGAUACCCGCGCCCCAAAGAGAUUAUAUAAGUGCAUAUUCUAGGUUUUUGGGAGCUGGCAGCACAUUGGCAGAGGUUAUAUCAUAUUUCCCAAGAUUACUUCAUUAUGUUACGAUUCCAGUUCGCAAGAACGCGCCUCUCCUGCAACCAAAGACAAGCGAUAACCGUUGGCCUGUUAUGAUAUUUUCGCACGGAUUGGGUGGUUCAAGAAAUGCGUAUUCACACAUUGUAGGAUCAGUGGCAAGCCAUGGGAUGAUAGUUAUUGCACCAGAACAUCGAGAUGGUUCAACUCCUAUAUCCUAUAUCCGAGAACCACCAUCCGAUUCUUCGACGGAUAAAGAAAAGCAUUCAAAGAAACAAGUCAAAAGAACGAUCGACUAUGUCAAAUUGUCGCAUACACCGAGUCCGGAAGUUGAGGAAGGAAGAAAUGAACAAUUGAAGAUUCGACUUUGGGAGAUGGGGUUGAUUCAUGACAGUUUAUUGAAAUUGGAUGAAGGAAAGCAAAUUACGAACCUCAAUACAUCUUCGACUUCGUUAUCGAUAUUCAAAGAUAAAAUGAAUGUUCAUGAACCUGGGAAGAUCACUUUCGCAGGUCAUUCUUUUGGAGCAGCAACAGUGGUUCAGUUCAUAAAAUCAGUCUUCUAUGCGCCUGACGCAACUUCUGCUCCAAAAUCUUAUAAACCAGUUUAUGAGCCAUCUCCAAAUUCUCUCAUCUGCUCUCAAAUUACACCAAACAAUCCGAUCGUACUUCUGGAUUGUUGGUGUUUCCCUCUUCGCUCCCAAGCAACCCGCUGGUUAUGGGAUCAUCCUCUUCCGUCAUACGCUCCCUCUGGGCCUGGCGGUUCUGCAAUUCUCGCAGUCGAAUCCCAAGCUUUCUAUAAAUGGACCGAGCAUUUCAACGCUACUAAAAGACUUCUUUCUGCCGAUCCAUCCUCUCAUAACCCUUCCAGAGAUGGACAAUCAGAACCACAUUUCUAUUAUCCUACUUCGAGUGCGCAUCUUAGUCAAUCAGAUUUCGGCGUCCUUUUCCCAUGGGUCACGAAAAAGGUAUUCGCGGCAGAGGAACCAGAGAGAAUCAUGAAAUUGAAUGUUAGAGCGAUUGUGCAAUUACUUAGAGAAAGAGGGGUAGAAGUGGGUAAAACUUGUAAAGAAGAUAUGGAAUUAGAGGGAGGAGAAGAGGAGACAGACAAUGAUUUGAAGAUCUUUGGAAAGGAUGGGGGAGUUAGAGGGUGGAAUUGGUUGAGUGUUUAUGAUAAUGCGGGGACAGGAAAGCUGGAUGAGGGAGAGGAAUCGGAAGUCGCGGAUAAAAAGUUGGAUGGAAAACAAGUUGAGGUUGGGAAGGAAGAGGGAAACGGCGAGAAAAGUAUUGAUGUGGAACCCGCGGAUGUGGUUAUGACAAAUGAGGUUGCCGCGAGCACGGAGUCAAAAUUGUGAGGAACAUGCUGUGGAAGACUACCUAGUUAGUGGUCUGCACACAUAAGCUCCUGGUGGCUGAUUUUUAGAAGGCGAUUCUUUGUGGUUAUUUAGAUUUCAUUAGGGCGGUUCUUUUGAUUUAUAGUUUUGGGUGUGGACCACAAUUGAUUCUGGCGUUGGUGUUUGAGAGAGGAGUCUAACCAGAGAGUUGGAAAGACGGAGAUGAUAAAGGGCUAUGAAUAGAGAUCUUGCAUAUGAAUUAGAUGGAAUAGAACCAAGCAAUAGACCAUAUACAUAAGACAUUUCAUCAUCAUAUC